AUGGCGACUCCGGACCCCCAAGAAAACGAGCAAGAGUUCGAAGGUGCUUCCUGGGAAGAAGAGGAGGAAGACGGGUAUGAGGGUGCCAAUGAGACUCAGCAUAGUGACCAAAAAGAUCAAGAACCCGACUCUGCACUUGCUCAACCUUCCCACGGUGAACCAGAAGAACCAGAAGACGAAGGCGACGAUGACGAGGAUGGCGAAGAUGAUGGCGAAGAUGGCGAAGAGGACGAUCAAGAGGACAUAGAGGAACAGGAUGAGAUGGAGGAGCUGGAGGAACAGCAGCAAGACGAUGACAACGAUGGCGAAGGUGAUGGCAGCGACGAUGGCGCCGAGUACGACCCCGAGUCCGUUUCGAUCACACCGAUCCCUCAGAUUACAGAACCUGCUUCCGCCCCUACUCCUACCACUGCCCCCGCGCCGGCCGCGCCGGCCAAGCCAAGGGCUGCAAAGCCCAAAGUGUCUGGAGGAUUCCUAGUGGGAGACUCGGACGAUGAGGACGAUGAUGCGCCCCGUUCCAACUCUGCACUAGGUCAGGUGGCCUCCAUUUCCCGCCCACAAUCCGCCCUGAAUGUGUCAACACCCAACCAGGGCCAAGUGGGCGCCUCGUCCACGCCGGUCAACGGUGGGCCUUAUGCUCCUCCUGCUUCAGUUGCUGCUGCUUCCGCGCCCGCGUUCGCCACAAGCGCUUCUCCUAGCGUAAGCGCACAUCAGACUACCACAAUAACUGCUGGCAGGGAUCCAGGUGACGUUAUCGGCCGACUUGAGGAUCGGAUCAAGGAAGACCCUCGAGGCGAUAUGGACGCAUGGCUUGCGCUCUUCGCGGAGCUCCGCCGCCUUAGCCAGGUCGAUGCUCUGCGCCAGGCCUACGACCGCUUUGUCACAACAUUCCCACAAGCUGCCGACAUAUGGGUUGAGUGGAUCAAGCUUGAACUCGACAGCAUGAAUACAACUGCCGCCGAAGCACUUUUCCAACGCAGCCUUCUCACCGUUUCAGAUGUUCAGCUGUGGACUACCUAUAUCAACUACAUCCGCCGCCGAAAUGACCUCAGCAACGAUCCUAACGGCCAGGCACGGCAGGUCAUCAGCCAAUCCUAUGAAUUCAUCAUCGAUAACGUGGGCAUGGACCGCGAAUCCGGCUCACUGUGGAAGGACUGGAUUCAGUUUAUCAAGAGCGGGCCUGGCGUUGUCGGUGGCCCUGGCUGGCAGGACCAGCAGAAGAUGGACCAGCUGCGCAAAGCUUACCAUCGUGCUAUUACUGUGCCCAUGUCAGCCCUAACGGAGCUCUGGAAGGAUUACGAUCAGUUUGAAUUGGGCCUGAACAAAGCUACGGGCCGGCAAUUCAUCCAGAAGAGGUCGCCUGGCUACAUGACGGCCAAGUCUGCUUCCCUUCAAAUGGAUCGCAAGAUUGGCAACCUCAACCGCACUUCCCUGCCUCGUCUUCCUCCAGCACCAGGUUUUGCUGGCGCUACCGAGUACAUGGAGCAAGUCAACAUCUGGAAGCAGUGGAUUCAGUGGGAAAAAGAAGACCCGCUCGUUCUUGCGGAUGACGAACCCGAGGUACUGAAGCAGCGCAUUCUCUACGUUUACAAGCAGGCCCUGAUGGCAUUGCGUUUCUGGCCCGAGAUGUGGGUGGACGCUGCCGAGUGGUGUUUUGAGAACAGCAUCUUCAAAGACGGGGUCGAUUUGGGCAUCAAGUUCCUCACAGACGGCAUUGCGGCAAACCCCGAGAGCGUUUUACUGGCUCUCAAACACGGCGACCGGAUUGAAAUGACACUUCCCGUUGCCGAUACUGAGGAAAGCAAGGAGGAGCGAGCAAAAGCAAUCCGCGAGCCCUAUGACCAAGUCUUGGAGACGCUCUAUCAUAUGAUGCAAAAGUUGAAGGAACGCGAAAAGAACGAGCUUGCCAAGAUCGAGAAGGCAGCGACGGAGCACGCUGGGCGUAACGACGGGGAUGAUAAUGACGACCAGGAUCAGACACUUGCCCUCGAGCAGCGAACCCAGGCUGUCAAACAGGGCUUCAGCCUUCAGACUGAACUGCUGAAGCGUACUAUUUCCUUUAUCUGGAUCGCUCUUUGUCGCGCGAUGCGUCGCACGCAGGGCAAGGGAUCACAGACCAAGGGCCUUAGGCAGGUCUUCACCGAAGCCCGUGGCAAGGGUCAGUUGACAAGCGAUGUCUAUGUGGCUGUCGCCUUGAUAGAGUCAGUGGUAUACAAGGAUCCUGCAGGUGGCAAGAUCUUUGACCGUGGCGCCAAGCUGUUUCCCGAGGAUGAAGGCUUUAUGCUAGAGUACAUCAAGUACUUGCACCUGAAGGACGACACAACGAACGCUCGCGUCGUGUUCGAAACGUGUGUCAACCGUCUAACGCAAAAGCCCGAGAAGAAGCACCGGGCCAAGAUGCUCUACAAAUACUUCCACAAGUAUGAGGCGCAGUUCGGCGAGCUGUCGUCUGUCGCGGCACUGGAACGGCGUAUGGCGGAGCUUUGGCCAGAAGAUCCCAAACUUUCUCACUUUACAGAGCGGUACUCCGUCGAUAGCUUCGACCCUAUUGCUUACCGACUGAUUAUCUCACCUGCCGUCCAGCUGCGGCCCAAUCUCAUCAUGCCCUCGAUUGAGCAGGCCACCUCUGUCCGUGACGCUACUCCGUUGCCAGCAGCUCCGCCUGUACCAGUGCCAGUGCCGGCGCCCGCUCCUACUACCGUUCGGCAGACAGCGAGCCCAGCGCCUCAGUACCUCGGGACGACAAAUUCUCCGAAAAGACCUUAUCCCGGCGAUGACCAGGAGGAAUACAACCGCCCGCGCAAGCUCGCUCGUGGACAGUCGCCUCUCAAGGGCGCAGCAGGUCGCCGUCUUGACCAGCAGCGACAGAACCAGGGCGCACCACUUGCUCGAGACAUCACAUUUUUCCUUGGUAUCCUACCCCCGACACACUCGUACAAUGCCCAGCUCUUCAGCACCAGUGGCCUCGUGAACCUUCUGCGAGACACCCCCGUGCCCGAUUACAGUACGUGGAAGGUCAACCAGGAUCAAGGCAUGCGGCAGAACGGGGCACAGUCUCGUGGAGGGCCUUCGGCUCAUGGCCGUCAGCCCUCUGGCGGAGACUACUCAUCUUACAACUCUUUUUCUGGGGCACGGGAUUCGCCAAACCCCCGCCCACUUAGUCCCUACGAAGGCGCUGCAGGCCGCCGCAUCGCCUCGCAAUCAGCCUACAGGAACUCACCUUUGAGACCAGAGCCUGGUGCCACAUUUGAAGGUAGUUCUGGGGCCUACCGCCAAGAUACGCAGCAGCAGUUUACGCAACCACCUCCAGGCCAGUGGCCGCCGCCGAGUGCACCACAGUUCGAAGGCGGUGCCCCUUCGAGCUGGCCGCCGCCACCGAAUGGCUACUCUGGAUAUACAGCCCCCCCUUCGCAGCAGUACGGACAAUAUCAGUAUUAG